AUGUAGUUAAGAAGUAUCUCAAAUAAAAAAAAACCAAGUCAGUUGACUCAAACUACUCAACUCUUGGAGAAGGAAACUAAGCACAUGGUAAAUCAUCAAUCUAACCAUUUCAAUAGGAAGAGCAAUUAUAGCAACUUAAAUAAAUUAUGCAAUAAGAAAAAUUUAAGAGGGAAUCUGAAAAACCUACCGGACAAAAUGGUACCAGGUGGAAAGCUGCCAAAAUAGACAAGGGAUUGAGAAAUUACACUCAAAAUUUGCUUCAAAAAAAAAAUAGUUUUGAAAAGAAAUCAAUACCCACAGUUGUUAGACCAACUUCAGCCAAAUUGCAACCUCUAGAAAAAUCAAUUAGAACACCAGCAAUAGACAAAGAUGUUGAAAUAUUUUUUACCUAAGUAGGAUUGCUGCAAUAUAAAGAAAAAUUUUAAAAUUACACAAUUCAAAGUUUAAGUAUUUCUUAUUUCUUAUUUAGAGAGAAUGUCACCGUGUAAUAGUUAAGAGAAAUGGGCAUAUUACCAGGCCAUUAAAUAAAAAUAAUGAGAGCUUUAAAAGAAAUGCCUGAAAAUAUAUAAUAAAUGCAAGAAGACAGCUUCUGUCAAAGUAGAGUAAGUGUGUCAGUAAGUGGAGUAUAAUGUAAUUAAGCAAAAUUAGCAUGUUGGUUGUGUUAUAAGAUAUUUGAUGAUACCGAGAUAAAUUGCAAUGGAAGGAACUUUUGUAGUUAACAAUGUCUGAUAUAAUUUAAUUAAGAAUAUAUGAUCAAAUGUUCGAAAUGCAACAAGAAAUUUUACAAGAAUGAUGGCUGCGUCGUAUAUGAUAAUUACUAUUGUUCUCAAUCUUGUAGUAUAGAUGCUAAUGACUCAGUGAAAGGAUGCAGUACAAAUACUAUAGAAAGCGUAAUAGAAGAGGAUUAAUUUCAAUAAACCAAUUAUGCAGAACAAUUUAAUGAAUUCUUAACUUCUAGUUUAUUAAAUAAUUGA